AUGAGGCUUCCAGUUGGAGCAGCUAGGUCUUGCACUUUACCUUCUGCUUCAAAACACCUGGAACUCACUCUUCACUCUUCCACUUCCCAUUUGUCUAUGAGAUUGCUCAAUACCAAAUUUCCAGCGAUCACACACUCCCAGCCUCUCAACAACCACUACUCGCUCCUUGUCCUUUGCUCUCUCACUACUAACUCUAUCAAACUUGGCAAGAAAUGGAUGGAAUAUCAAGGAAUCAACAACUGGGAGGGCUUGCUUGACCCACUUGAUGAUAAUAUGCGAAGCGAGAUUUUACGGUACGGGCAAUUUGUUGAAGCGGCCUAUCGAUCCUUUGACUUCAACCCUUCUUCUCCUACUUAUGCCACCUCUAAAUUCCCCAGAAACUCGCUAUUCGCUAAGACCGGAACCGGCGAAACCGGCUAUCGCAUGACCAAGAAUCUACGUGCCACGAGUGGGCUACAGUUGCCACGUUGGAUUGAUAGAGCUCCAAGCUGGGUGUCCACCCAAUCCAGCUGGAUUGGUUUCGUAGCCGUUUGCCAGGACAAGGACGAGAUUGCCAGACUGGGUCGCCGAGACGUCGUUAUUGCUUACAGGGGCACCGCUACUUGCUUGGAGUGGCUUGAGAAUUUACGCGCUACCCUAACUUGUUUACCAUUCGGUGAAGGAAAUGUGGGACGUAGCAGCAAUGGGCCCAUGGUGGAAAGCGGAUUUUUGAGCCUCUACACAUCGAGUACUGCCACGUAUCCUAGUUUACAAACCAGCGUGAGGGAGGAGAUCGGGAGGGUCCUGGAAAUGUACGGUGAUGAGCCGGUUAGCUUCACGAUCACCGGCCACAGUCUGGGUGCCGCACUAGCCACAUUAACAGCGUAUGAUAUAAAGUCGACUUUUGAAAAUGCAGCAAUGGUAACCGCAAUUUCGUUCGGUGGGCCACGUGUGGGGAACAGAAGCUUCAGAUGCCAGCUGGACAACGGUGGGACCAAGAUACUCCGAAUAGUGAACUCCGAUGAUCUCAUCACAAAAGUACCAGGGAUUGUGAUCGACAACAAUGACGUGGCGGGAAACGAGGCAGUCCAGAUGGCAGGACUGCCAAGCUGGGUGCAGAAGAGUGUAGAGAGUACGCAAUGGUUGUAUGCUGAGGUGGGACGAGAGCUGCGGCUGAGCAGCAAGGAAUCACCGUAUCUGAGAAAAAGAGACGUUGCGACGUGUCACGAGCUGAGCACGUAUCUGCAUUUGGUGAACGGAUUUGUGAGCUCCGCGUGUCCAUUCAGAUCGACUGCUAAGAAGAUUCUAAGCAAGCAUCACAGAGAAAAGUUGGGAUUUAGAUGA